GAUUUCCUAGCAUCGCGCGAAUGUGUGCAUCGUUUGUGUGUAUGCGCACGAGAAGUAAGAAGUACGCGUCGUGGGUGUAGGUUAAUUCGUGACGAAGGGUGCAUUCUCGGUGCGAAAUAACGUCUUCGGCGUCCAUAAUCACCAACCCUGAGUGUGCAACCAUCCAUUGCAGUAUUGUGCGUCGCGAAUAUCACCGCCUGCUUGGGCGAAAAUGCGCCUGCCAGGCACACGUACGACCUCCGCUGCGUAGAUCGAAUUCCUAGUAUUCGAGAGAACGAUGCACCAUCACAGCUAUCCCAGCUCGUGGAAUUCGUGUGCGUAAAACAACAUUCGCAUUGAAAAACUUUCUUGCAAUUGUCACUGCGAUUUGUUACGUGGGUGAUAAACAGUGAUAAAACUGAGAUAAACAACAAGAGCAGGUCAGUGCACCUGAAUUUGUGUUUGUGUCGAGACGUGGAUUUAUUAAAUGCUGAACGUGAUUGAUAACAUCAGCGCAAUCAUGUCGUCUCCGCGGAGCUUAUUUAAACGCUAGUUACAUCGCAGUGGAUUAAAAAAUGGCGUGGAAGUUGAUUGCGGCAGCAUUGCUGCUGCAUAUAGCCACGGCGCAGAAAUGUGCGCUAAUUACCAACGGACUGGGUUACACAUCUCCAUCGGGGGAUAUUCUCAUACAUCACAAAGUGGACGAUCUGGAUCUGGAGUGUAUUAUUAACAAGCCGGAGGUUUUGAGGAAGUAUCCCAACACUGCGAAUGAUUGGCUGCAGUUUAAACACGGGAAUAGCCUGUUGAACUUCACGAAAGUUGCCGGGGAUGGUGCGAGGAUUCAUCUGCAUGUUGAUGCUGAUAAGUUGGAGGUAAAUGAGACAUGCCCGACGUAUUCGUGUUUGUGGAGGUCGGAGAUUGUGUGUGACAAUGUUGUCUGCGUUGGAACACCACCGAAACCCAAGGAUUUUAAAUGUAUAAGUUAUAAUAAUGAUAAUUUUACAUGCACGUGGACUCAUCCGGAAAACGGCAUCAAACCAACGAUUUACAAUGUUUCUUAUACAGUACAAAGUCAACGACAAAAAGUAACACCUUGCCCGCAUACACCAAUAUACAACAUGGCCGACCGAAGUUACAAGUGUGUCUGGACAUUGACUUCAACACCAUCCUAUCGGCAGUCAUCUGAAUACUACAACAUAACCCUCACGGCAUCUAAUAAAUUAGGAGAUUAUAGAAUAAAUCUUCCUGUAUUUCAUCACUUUGCGCAUAUAAUCCCCAACAAACCCGAGGGUUUGGAAGUUGUGAACAGUACAACAUCAUCGCUUUACCUGCGAUGGGGAAUACCAGCGACCAUUCAACACCGGACGCUUCAAUACCGCGUGAUGUACCAAUGCGGGCUGGAAAUGCCCGAAAGAGUACGUGAUGGCACAUUUAAACAAGCCAUCAUUGACACUGUCAGUGAAAAAUCCUCCUGGACGUUCAACCUGACAAAUCUACCACAUCCACAUGAUUUGUGCGAUGUGAGAGUCUCGUUGCGCAUUAAUUUAACGCGAGAUGAAGGCAUGUGGUCGCAGAAUGCUACGCUGUAUACGCUGACAGCGCCUACGGUGCCCGGACAAGGACCACAGGUGGACAUGGGCAGUUUCAAGCAUAUUAACGACACCGCCGUGCGUAUCUAUUGGCAUCUUGUGCCGGCGGAGUUCCACAACGGGCCGAAAUUAGAAUACGACGUGCGGGUGGUUCGCGGAGCUGGUAAUGUGAUUAUCGAUCGCACGCGCCAGAUGAAAAACUCGGCGGUUAUCGGAAAUCUGAGCUCGAAUCAGAAUUACACCUUUGCGGUGUAUGCUCGGAAUGAAAUCGGACCGCAGAUCACUCCGCAUGCGCAUAUUACGAUUCCAGCGCAGUAUCAGCGGCCGUAUCAAGUGCGCGAGUUGAAGAAGAUUGAAAAUACGAAAGGAUUUAAGCUCAGUUGGAAGCCGCGCUUCCCUGACAAUGAAAACCCGAUUGUAAACUAUACAGUUUUCUGGUGUCGAGAGAUAACUAAAUCUUUCAAUGAGGAUUGUAAUGGCGACUGGGAAUGGGCGACUGUGCCACGUGACCAGAACGAAUCCAAGUAUGAGUAUAACACUUCGUUGAAUGUGAAUAGUACAACAUCAUUUCGUGUUGCAAUUGCGUCGAAUUCCGAGCGGGGCAGCAGUGGAAUGUUCUUCCCGACGUGUGAAGAGUCCGGGGAACAGAUACCAUCGAUUAAUUUGAUCAAACCCACGCAGUUUGGCGACACAUCGGUGAAACUCAACUGGAUGGUGAAAUGCACCACUGAGGGGAUUGCGAAUUAUACGAUUGAGUAUUGUAUCGGCGAUCAGGUUUCGCACGAUUGCAGAAGCAAGAAGAGGUCGAGUGUGAACGUGGAUGGCAGUGUUACCGAAUUCACCAUCGGUAAUCUAACGCCGUACGCGACUUAUCUCUUUACGAUUUACCCGACGAUGAAAAACGGCAAUAAAGGCAAGACAUCUGAUCCUGAGCGUGUUACUACCAUGGAAGGAAAACCCACUGAACCGUUGGAUCUGAUUGCUACCAAGGUUACGAAUACAUCGAUUGCGUUGGAGUGGAAAAAACCGGAGACUGCGAAUGGGUUUAUCAGCUACGAUAUUUUGAAUAAUAGCGUUAGGGUGGCGUCAAAUAUUAAAGAUACUAAUUAUUCACUCGAGGGAUUAACUAGUUAUGAUCUUUACAAUCUCACGGUUGUCGCAUGCACAUCGAAUAAAUGUUCAAAUCCGUCAAAUUGCAUUUCUCUGCGGACAUUAAUGGGCACGCCAGGGCGUGUCAAAGCACCCACGGCCAAGUCUAUCAACACAACAGAUAUAUUUAUUGUUUGGAGCAAACCGACUGAUCCUAGAGGGCCUGUCACCUAUGAAGUGCUUGUGGAUGAUGGUGAAGUUAACACAUUCACCAACAAAUUAGAACUUUACCACUAUAAAUGUGUGCAAAAAUCCACAUCAUUUACUCUGACGGUGCGUGCGGUGAAUCAUGACGAAGAUCUCAACAAAACCUACUACGGUGAUUGGAGCGAUGAAUUCAAAGGGAGUUGCUCGCCGAGCAUGGGCUGGUUAAUUCCGCUCCUCAUUGUUCUGAGUUUUCUCCUUGUUGGUCUUGCGUACUUCAGCAAAAGACUAUACACACGCUGUAAGAAAAUGCAGGACAUCGAUGUGAAACUACCAUCUACGCUGAUCAUGCAUAAGGAUACAUCUGCAUGGCCCUCGCAAAACGAUCCGAACAUUCGUGAUCCGAAACCUCCUUCAGCUGCUGACGAAGAAUUACUCUUGCAAUCGCGUCCGGAAGGUCUUAAAACUCCAUAUGUUGGCGAUUCGAGCGGUUGUAGUUCAGCACAAGGCAGUGUUACAUCAGAAUCUGAAGGCACUUUCUCAGCAGCUUCGGAUUCAGGCACCGAACAAAGCGAGUUGCGCAAGCGCUCAUUCCGCAACUCCUCGAAGACCUCACUUUUGGGUGCUGAAUGUGGCGGCACUGGAAAGAAUGAGAGUUAUUCACAGGUCGGGAUGAAUAUGGGCAUUGAAUCGAAUCCGCUCGCGGAGAUGGACGAUGUUAUUCCGAAACCUUCACUCUGCACAUACAUGCAACCGUAUGUCGAUGCAAAUCCGGUAGUUAAUCGACCGCCGGAAACGGCGAAUUCAUCGUAUGUGACUGUUGCUCAGGCGCGCAGUCUGCCCAAACCCAAAGAGGAGGCGAUCACCGUCAAUAAGCCGUACGUGCAAGUGGCGGACAUCAAAUCAGUGGGUAUGAAACGCGAGCCGCCGCAGGUAGACGCGAAUCGAUCGUAUGUAACCGUCGGGCAAAUGCCACAAAUGAAGCUUUUCAAGGAGGAUUGAAGACGUAAAGAGAGAAGAAAAUGUGCAAUGGGACGUUUUAAGUUUUUGACAAACAAACAAGUAGCAACGAAUUUUGCGCCACACACAACUCAUACAUUAGCUAAUAAGAGAUAUUUUUGUAAAUAAUUUAUUUGCAUACUUGUAAUGCAGCAGCAAGCACAGCAUGACUGUUCAACACAUAUUUUCCUAACCCUUUUAUAAUAAUGUACUGCAUGCUCAGAUUUACCUGCGUGCACUGAUUGCACCUCUGUAAUUGUGUGGUGUACAACAACUCAUAUGGGAUACGUAUAUGAUGGACUGAUAUUUUUUUUUUAUAUGAAAAGAAAUCCACGUACCAAUGAGCGAUUGAGAUUGAAUGUGCCUUGCGAUGCAAGCGGAAAUCUUCGGAAGUGAAUAAUUGUGAUGAAAGUAGUUAAGAAUUAAUCGGGCGUCAAGUAUGCAGAGCUUAAUUGCCAUUUAUAUUAAUUGUUAUAAUACUUACAUAGUAUAUUUAAUAAUUGUAAACAAUACUACAAGCCAGACCUAUGAGAACCGUCAUUUUAGUGGAAUUUAGUAACGAACUUGCCGCUGAGAAUUGAAGAAUUCUUAUACUUGUUACAUUUGUGAACUUGAUACACAUUUGUUAUUCGUGUUACAAUGGUUAAAGACUAUUUGAAGGUAGAUGUGAUGUCAAUUCGGAAUCCGGCCUUGCUUACUUAGGAGUUGCAAAUUUUUAAACAAAGUUAAUGGAUUAUUGUCUAUUAGUGUAACACGCAUUUAUAUACUUUGCUCAGUUCUGAAUAGGAUUACUUGGGUCUACUGCUAGGUUCCACCAUGAUCUUAUUUAUUCGUUAAGCCGCCGCCUUUUGAAACAAAUGCACAACUCAUUCGCAUGCGCAUUUUGACACCGGAAUAUUUGUUACGCAUCCUGUAAAUAUUCAUCAUCUUAUUCAUCCAGCGCUAAGUUUUAACGUACACAUGUAUUGCGUCACACACAAAUUGUAAUAAUUGAAUACUGAUGAAAUGUAUACUUAGAAAUAGUUACAUUUAGAGUUUCGCACCUGUACAUAUGUUGCCCCUACAAGCAUAUCAUUGUUCCUUUAAUUGAUUUAUGAAUUUUAUUGAUUACGAAUCUAUAGAGAUGUACAUGUAUUGUACUCGUGUGUACAAUCAACUAUUCAAUGUAUUCAGAUUGAUUGUAUAUCGGUAGGAAUAGGAUGUAUUUUGUUACGAAACAGCCGGAGGGGAAUGUUGUGGACGUGGAUGAUUGGAAUGGAGUAAACAAGAGUGCUGGAGGAAGCUGCUUUGUCUUUAUAAUAAUCCAUGAUAAACAAAUAUAUUUAUCGCAUUUGUAA